UGCGUUGCACGCCAACUAGCAACCAACAUCGGCCUCCCGGUUCAAGCUGUGUGAGGCAGCUAGCUAAGCUAGCUAGCUAGUCUUUUGGAGUACAGCAGCAGUCAGCCAGGUGUCCUACAUUAUGUUCAGAGCUGCGCUUCGCCUUUCGGUCUCCGGUGUUCGGAGUUUAACACGAUCACGACCUCAAUGUACAGCUCCUUUAGGUUCCCGCUGCUACUCCCAUGGCAGCCAGGAGACAGACGAGGAGUUUGAUGCUCGUUGGAUUACCUACUUCAACAAACCAGAUAUUGAUGCUUGGGAACUGAGAAAAGGUAUGAACACACUGAUUGGCUAUGACUUGGUACCUGAGCCUAAGAUCCUGGAAGCAGCCCUGAGAGCCUGCCGGAGACUAAAUGACUUGGCCAGUGCCGUCCGCAUUCUUGAGGCCGUCAAGGACAAAGCUGGACCCCACAAAGAGAUAUACCCCUAUGUUAUCCAAGAACUUCGACCCACGCUUGAUGAACUGGGCAUCUCCACACCUGAGGAGUUGGGCAUUGACAAAGCAUAGACUUCUGCCAUUAUUUCUUCCAAGGAACUGUUGCUGUUAUCGGGACUGAGUGGACCUCUGUACUUGAAGUCUUUGCUUUGUGUUGUUGUAUUUAAUCUGCCUUUAUUAUGUUCUUUUGCUUGUAAAAUAUUGAUGGACCUAAUAAAGAGCAAAAUAUCUUUACUGAA